AUGGGGAAAAGCCCUACUUUAAUGAUCUUCCUCGCUUUUUCUCUUCUUUUUGUCCUUCAAAACCUCCAAGUUGUAAAUGCCGUCAGGUGUUUCGGAAGCUCCUUCAUCGGCAACAGAAGCUACGUUCAGAAUCGCCGCAAUCUCUUCUCUACUCUCCCUGAUAAAGUCGUCGCCAAUGGUGGAUUCUACAACGCUUCACUCGGGCAAGAUCUCAACGAAGUUCAUGCUCUUGUCCUCUGCGCAAGAGGCUACAAUCCCGAAGCUUGUUUCAAUUGUGUCGAAAAGUUGACUCAGGACACACAAACGAACUGUCUUAACCGCACGGAUUCGUUCAUUUGGGGCAAUGAUGACGUAGACCUUGUUUCUUGUCUUGUACGAUCCUCAAACCACUCAACUUUCCGGAAACUCGAGCUUGGACCUCCUGUCAUAAACGCAAAUCCAAAUCCUAUAGAGCCAUCUAAAAACAUGACCCAAUUCCUACACGAAUGGGACGCAACGGUUAAUCGGACCCUCGAGGCGGCCACAAGAGCUGAAAACUCCUCGGCUGUCAAGUACUAUAGUGCUGUAGCAGCCGGGUUCACCGAGUUUGCAAAUGUUUACAUUCUAAUGCAAUGCACACCCGACAUAACUUCCAAAGAUUGCAGGAGAUGUUUGGAAGGUUGCGUGGGGUAUUAUAGAAAAAAGUAUCGUGGAAGACAAGGAGGCAUGGCUAGUUUUCCAAGCUGUUUUUUCAGGUGGGAUCUACAUGAUUUCCAUAGUGCUUUUGAUAAUGUAACAAGAGUUCCUGCGCCUCCUAGACCUCAAGCUACAGAUAAGGACAACUCUAUAACAGAAAAGAAAGGAAUAAGCAUUGGGUAUAGGGGAAUUAUCAUGAUAGUUGGGGUUGUGACUUUAAUUAACCUUUUGGUAUCUAUUGGCUUCUUCAAACUCAAUGCUCGGAGGAGAAAGUUAAAGAAGAGAUUCAAUGUUGGUAGUGCAGAGUACUCUGAUUCUGAUAAUGGUCAAUAUAUGUUACGGUUUGAUCUUGGUAUGAUCCUAAUGUCUACCGAUGAGUUCUCGUCUGAAAAUAAGCUUGGUCAAGGUGGAUUUGGAGCGGUCUAUAAGGGGAAAUUACCCAACGGGAAAGAGAUAGCGGUGAAGAGAUUAACAAAAGGUUCAGGACAAGGAAAUACAGAGUUUAAGAAUGAGGUUUCACUCUUGACAAGACUCCAGCAUAGGAAUCUUGUUAAGCUUCUUGGGUUCUGUAAUGAAGGAGAUGAAGAGAUUCUUGUCUACGAGUUUGUCCCCAACUCAAGUCUUGAUCACUUUAUCUUUGAUGAUGAGAAGCGUUCGCUUCUUACAUGGGAGGUGCGGUUCAGAAUUAUAGAAGGCAUUGCUCGAGGUCUACUUUAUCUUCAUGAAGAUUCUCAGCUGAAGAUUAUUCACAGAGACUUGAAGGCGAGCAACAUCCUUUUAGAUGCAGAGAUGAACCCUAAAGUUGCUGACUUUGGGACAGCUAGGUUGUUCGACACUGGUGAGACUCGAGCUGAAACCAAACGAAUAGCUGGAACACGUGGAUAUAUGGCUCCGGAAUACCUAAAUCACGGGCAAAUCUCAGCUAAAUCUGAUGUUUAUAGCUUCGGCGUUAUGCUUCUAGAGAUGAUAAGCGGUGAAAGAAACAAUAGCUUUGAUGGAGAAGGACUUGCAGCUUUUGCAUGGAAGAGAUGGGUUGAAGGAAGGCCUGAGACUAUAAUUGAUCGUUUCUCGGCAGAGACUCCGAGUAAGGAGAUCAUUAAGUUGAUCCAGGUUGGUUUGUUGUGUGUUCAAGAGAAUGCAACAAAGAGACCAACCAUGAGCUCUGUAACAGUUUGGCUUGGCAGUGAGACUAUCACCAUACCCUCGCCUACGGCUCCUGCUUUCACAUGGACUCAAGCCCAAUCUGAAGAUGGUGUAAUGUCAAUGUGCAAGGACGUCUUCUCAGAGCUGAUAUCUCGUUGA